AUGCCCCACGCAGAGAGAGAUACAAUGGGUGAGCCUCUGGUCAACGGCGAAAAGCCUCAUUCUCAGUUCAUCUCGCACCUUGCCUCCUACCCAGUGGUAUCCGAUUCCAUCACCACCUUCAAAAACAAUAAAUACGGCGCCACCUCCAUCAAAUACGCCGAUCAAGGCUACGAGCGUCUCGCAAAGCCCUUCCUCCCGUACCUCUCCACACCCUACGCCUAUGUCGCACCCUACGUCGCCAAAGCCGACUCUCUUGGCGACCAGGGCCUAAGCAAAGUCGACGAACGGUUCCCCAUCGUCAAGGAAGACACCGAAAAGAUCAAAAACACCAUUGUCGACACGGCCUUCUUCCCUCUCCGUCUUGCCGGGGAUGCACGCAAACAUGUCUUUGAUACCUACGGCGCAGAGUAUAAGAAGUGUGGUGGCGAUGGGUAUGUGGCUAGUGGAAAGGCUGUGAUCACCACGGGGCUGGUAAUUUCGCAGGAGUCAUUGGGCUGGUUGAGUGAAUUUCUGGCAGACAAGAAGGAGCGGACCAAGGAGGUGGUUAAUGAGAAGGUCAACCAUUAA